UGUAACAUGUCACUUGAAGUUGGCACAAAAUGGAUGCUGCUUGCAAAUAUAUCAGUUUCAACUAAACACUCAUUUACAAAAUGGGAAAUCAAUUAGUUGGUAUUGCGCCUAGUCAAAUAUUUCCAGUAGAACAUUAUUUGACAGACCAUAGCGAUUUAUUAUUCGAUGUAAACUUAGGAAGUACUAGAUUUUUUAAAGUGGCUCGAGCCAGGAGCCAGGAAGGUCUUAUAGUAGUUAAAGUUUUUGCUAUUCAUGAUCCAACACUUCCACUUUCUACAUAUAAAGAAAAGCUUGAAGAAAUUAGGUCUAAAUUGGCAUCUGCCGUGAAUUGCCUACCUUUUCAAAGAAUGAUUCUCACGGAAAAAUCUGGAUCAAUAAUGAGGGAAUAUGUAAAGUAUUCUCUUUAUGACAGAAUUAGUACUAGGCCAUUUUUAACGAGCAUAGAGAAAAAAUGGAUUACCUUUCAAGUUUUAUAUGCUCUACAUCAAGCUCACAAGUUUGGAGUCUGCCAUGGUGACAUAAAACUAGAAAAUAUUAUGAUAACCAGUUGGAAUUGGAUUUUACUGACAGAUUUUGCAAGUUUUAAGCCGACUUAUUUACCAGAAGAUAAUCCUGCUGAUUUUUCAUAUUUUUUUGACACCUCUAGGAGAAGAACAUGUUAUAUAGCUCCAGAACGUUUUGUAAAAACACUGUCUUCAGAAUUAAACAAUACAUUGUUAUUAUCAGAACAAGAGCUGAAAACAGGUGACUUACAUCCAAUGAUGGAUAUUUUUUCUGCAGGGUGUGCAUUAACAGAGUUAUAUAAUGAAGGACAUCCACCAUUUGAUUUUUCUCAACUAUUAGCAUAUAGAAACAAUGAAUAUUCAGUGAGCAAACAUUUGGAUAUAAUAGAAGAUUCAGGAAUACGUGAACUCCUUGCAUCCAUGCUGGAAAGGAAUCCAGCAAACAGAAAAAGUGCUGAAAUUUAUUUAGCUCAAGCUCGUGGAACAGUAUUUCCAGAAUAUUUUUACUUAUUUCUCCAACCAUAUAUGCUUAUUUUUUCUGCUGCUCCAAUUUUAUCACCUGACGAAAAAAUAAAUCGACUUAAAAAGGACAUUAGUAAUAUUGUUAAUAUUUUGAAAGCAGAAGAAAGUGAAAAAAUCAAAAGUGAUAUAAAAAGUACAGAGAUGACAAAAAGAAACCAUUUUGAAAAUAAUGUAGAAUUAACUAAGGAUAAUUUUGGACACAAUAAAGAUAAUGCUAUUGUUGAAGAUGGCAGUAAUCAAAGUUUUAACAAAAAUCAUUUAUAUAAAUCUGAUUUAGAAACUAUUCAUAUUCAAGACACUAAAUCUGAUAGUCAAACGGAUCAACAAGCAGAACCUAUAUUAGUUGAGAGUCAAAGACGAAAAUUAGAUUUAAAAAGUGAGAAAAAAAUUUUCUCUUCAGAACCUGUUGAAGGAUUGGUUAUUAUUACUCAACUUGUUACUUCAUGUAUAAGAGGGUUACAUCACUCUCAAUCUAAAUUACAAAGUUUAGAAAUAUUACUUGAACUUGCUGAAAAUACAUCAGAUGAAACAAUAUUAGAUCGGAUUUUGCCUUACAUUUUUCACUUAGUUCAUGAUCCUGCUUCACGAGUACGGGUGUCAGCUAUACACACUCUGACAAAAUGUUUACAUCUUGUAAAAUCAAUUCCACCAUCAGAUGUGAACAUCUUCCCAGAAUAUAUUUUACCCGGUUUAGCACAUAUCACACAAGAUGAAGCAGUAAUUGUUAGAGCUGCUUAUGCAGAAAAUAUUGCGCAUUUAGCGCACAUUGCUUUACGUUAUUUAGAAAAUGCUCAUUUAUCUAACUUAGGUAACAAAGAAGGUCCAAAACCAAGUUACGAUAGUGAACUUCAAACUUUGCAUGAAAUGGUGCAACAAUCUGUGUCCAUGUUAUUAACAGAUCCUCAGAAUUUGGUAAAACAAACGUUAAUGGAAAAUGGAAUAAACAAACUUUGUGUAUUUUUUGGAAAACAAAAGGCCAAUGAUAUUUUACUUAGUCAUGUUAUUACUUUUUUAAAUGAUAAGGAAGACAAAGAGUUAAGAGGUUCUUUUUUUGAAUGUAUUGUUGGUGUAGCUGCUUAUGUUGGCUGGCAUAGUAGUCCUAUUCUUAUGCCUCUUCUUCAACAAGGAUUGGCAGAUCCUGAGGAAUUUGUAACCACAAAGGCUAUUAAUGCAAUGGCGACUCUUACAGAAUUAGGUCUCUUACACAAAUCUGCUCUUUAUCAACUUUUACAUGAGACCAUGGUCUUUUUAGUGCAUCCAAAUUUAUGGAUAAGACAUGCGACUGUUGGUUUUAUAUCUACAGCGGCAAGAACACUUAAUUUAGUAGACGUUCAAUGCAAAGUUCAAUCAAUGAUUCAAUCCUAUCUAAAGCAUCCAUUAAUUCAAAUAGAAAAAGAAAUCCUUUUAUUAGAAGCCUUGGUAUCUCCUAUACCAAGAAUUGUUUAUGAUUCUGUUGUAAAAUACAAUGAUGUAGAAGAAUUAUUUCAAGUUCUUGAACAAAGACAAGCUGCUCGAGCUAAAGCAGUAUCAGGAAUAGUACCACAAUAUAAUGAAAUGAGUACUUCCAUACGAAAUCUUUUCAGACGUUUAAGUUCGGAAUCAAUGACUGAAACUGUUGAAGAUCAGUUACUAAUAAUGAAACCACAUUUAAUGAAAAUCAAUAAAUAUCGAAAUUCAGUGGAUGCGAAGCUAAGUACAGUUAAAUCGAUGAAUGGAAAGUUAGAAUUAAAUACUAUGAAAGAUAAGAUACGACAUCAUAUAGUAAUAUUAUAUCCUGAUACAAAAGGCGAUCUAGGCCUUCCGCCAUUUAAACGAUUAGAUCGUAGAACAUCAGAUAGUGUGGGUACAUAUGCAACAAUGAAUCAGGAAUGGCGAACAAUGUUUGCAGCUCAAGAUAAUGUUCAACAUAACGUGAAAAUGUCGGAUAUGACAGGAAGUAGUGGAAGUCCUAGUCAAAGUUUACAUGGAGGAGAUAUUCAUUUAUCACCACAACAUAGUUUAUCUGACAUGAAUAGUAUAAAUGAUCAUUCUCUUCAUGAACGUUCAUAUAUUCAAUACAGGUGUGCACCUUGUAGAUUAGAGGUAAGACAACUGACAUACAGAAAACAAGAACAACAUGCUGCAGCAUUAAGAGCCCAGCAUUGGGCUGAUAAUAUUGCAUGGCAAGCUGGUUCAAGAUUAUUACCAAGUGGAUGGAGACCUCGAGGAGUACCAGUUGCACAUCUUCAUGAACAUAGAGCUGCAAUAAAUAGACUGGUUUCUAUACCUGAUACUAGUUUAUUCGCUAGUAGUUCUGCAGAUGGAUGCAUAAAAAUAUGGGAUGCAAGUAGAAUGGAAGGCCGGAACAUUGCUAAUCGUUCUAGACAAACUUACAUACAUAGAGGCGGUCCUCUAGUUGGUUUAGCUAUAUGUGAUCAGGGACAAUCAUUAGCAAGUUCUGCUAGUCAAUCAGGCACUGUAUUUGUUUUGCGAAUAGAACCAAAUUCUAGUAAAAUGAGUAUUAUUGCUACUAGACAAUUAGAUCUUCUGGAAGAAGGAUGUGCAGUUGAUUUGCAGUAUUUAGACUCUGGUUCACAAUCAGUUCUUGUUUAUGCAUCAUUGUACGGUUCGUUGGUAGGAUGGGAUUUAAGGUGUCCUGGUACAACGUGGCGUUUAGAAAAUGACCUAAAACAUGGAGUAAUUACUUCAUUUUGCGUAAACAAUUAUCAACAAUGGUUGACUCUGGGCACAAGUUCUGGUGUACAUACAUGUUGGGAUUUACGAUUUCAGUUACCAAUAACCAGUAUCAAACAUCCUACAAAUGCAAGAGUGAGGAAAGUAAUUACUCACCCUACAGAACAUUCAUGGAUUAUUUCGGCUGUGCAAGGAAACAACGAAAUUUCAAUGUGGAAUCUUGAAACUGAUUUUCGCCAAAUGGUUCUUUGGGCGUCAAGCGCUCCUCCACUUAGUCACUCGCAAGGUGGUCAUAGUGUAUGUGCAAUGUAUUCUGGAUCUAUUGAUAAUGCAGGCUUCUUAUUAGCUGGCGGUACUGAUAUGAGAUUACGUUUUUGGGACUUAUGCACACCCAGUGACUCGCACGUCGCAUUACCUGCUGCUAAUGAUGUUACUCCUCCUAAUUCAUUAGCGUAUGAACAACGUUUAAUUGAUGGGACAAAUGUCGUACAAGAAGUUUUAGCUGGAGAUAGUCCAACUCCAUCAUCUGGAGGAGGAAGCAGUAUUAGAAUAAGGAAUUCUGAAGAAGGUGGUCAAGGUCCAGAAACUCCACCAUUUGGACAUCACGAUACUAUAUCCGCCGUAGCUAUGUCAAACACGUGUAUUCUUACUGGUAGUACAGAUGGGUUAAUACAAGUUUGGAAAUGAUUGUUUUCCCUUUCAUCGUUUCACGUUCCAAAGUUACAUACAGUGUACAAAUUUUUCUAAUAUAUCACAGACUUAUUCUGGGAAAACAAUUUAAUUGAACUUGCGUGCUGCAGUAAUUCUGUGAUUUUUAUUUGUACAUAAUAUGUAAAAUACAUAGAUAAUAUGUGCAAGAUCAUCGAUAGCCGUAAUUAUAAUAUACAAUGCAUUUCUUAAAUGGAACUUAAAUUUUAAGUUACUUUAAUACAGCGAUUCUUAUAUAAUAAAAAUAAUUUAUUUUUCUACGUAAAAAAAAAAAGGAGAAAGAGCUUGUUGUACUGUAAUAUAUUAAGAUAAUAAAUCAAUAAUAUUUAGUUUUAGAUAGUGCAAUAGCAACGAUUAAUCGUGUGAAUAUAAUACUGUAAUACUACAGCAUACGAUUAAUGUACAAGAAAGGUAUCGUUAACAAAUUUAUUCCUUGAUACAUAGUUUAUACUGGCAGGUAUAACACGACUGCAUACUUUUAUGUAAUUGAUUACAUAGUAAACUUGUAUACCGACUGAAAUACUCAUAACCAGUGAAUAUCUUCAUAUUCCCUGAUAUAUUGUUACAAUAAAUUCAUAUUUUUAAUGGA